UCAAACGCAAAACAAGUUAUACACGUUAUAGAUAGGUAAUAUAAGGCUGAAUUCAUUACUGGCUGCUGUUAAUAAUUUCGUUUUCUAGCUACUGUACAGUAGCGCGGAACGACAGCAUUUUUUUAAAAGCUGUUGUGUGUUGUUGGGAAGAACAGCAGCAGGCGAAUCCGAGGUCAUAUUUGGCCAAUUUUAUCCUGAAGACGUAGUUGGCUAACGUUAGUUCACUGGCUGGUUUUAUAAGUUUGCUAGCUAACUUAAUUGUUUCUCGUCACAGAAGAAGCAGACGUUGGGACAAAUCCAUGCGGAGACCAUGGCAGAUGACUUUGAUGUUGAGGCUAUGAUAGAGGCUCCAUACAAAAAGGACAAAAAGAGCUUCAUCUUAGAACAUCUUAUCACCUGUUUGGUUGCCACAAGGGCGAGAUGUGACAGAGGUGGCAUCGAACUCUUACAGUCCAAGAAGGAAAAUGGGUGAAGAUCACUGGACUGACAUCAACCACAGGAUCUCUUUUAGCGGCUGUGGGCCAAGCAUGGUCUCAGUGGGCUUAGGAACAGAUAGUGGUGCUGGAUGAAAUAAAGUCCUCUAGUGCUAAUGGAAAUGAAGAGCGCAGUAGUAAGAAGAAAAAGAGGAGCCAUCGUAGGAAUAGUCGCAGCCCGAGCUCUGACAAGUGCUACAGCAAAGAUGGGAAGAAGAGUCCGGAGAAGAAAGGCAGCCGCAGUAAAGAACGCCGACGCAGUGGUUCCCGUAGCAGGGAACAUGCUGGACGCUACAGAGGACGCCAGGGCCCCUUUCAUUGGCAGCAGACAACUGGAAGGAAAAGUGGCCAACGGCAGUGUUGGCUUUGGGGAUGACCAGUGAAAUAUACCUGCUGGAGCGCGUUCUACGUGUUGGUGCUGCAAUGGUGACCAGUGAACUAAGUUGGAAACGCUCAAGAAGUCGUAGCCCCUUGAAGAAAGACAAGAGUCCAGUAAGGAAACCAAUUGACAACCUGACCCCAGAGGAGAGGGAUGCCCACACUGUUUUUUGUAUGCAGCUGGCAGCCAGAAUCAAACCACGAGACCUAGAGGACUUCUUCUCAGCCGUGGGGAAAGUGAGAGACGUGAGGAUGAUCUCUGACAGAAACUCCAGGAGGUCAAAGGGCAUUGCCUACAUUGAGUUUCUGGAUGUGAAUUCAGUCCCGCUGGCUAUUGGCUUAACUGGUCAGAGACUUCUAGGAGUGCCCAUCAUCGUACAGGCCCCUCAGGCUGAGAAGAACAGAGCUGCAGCAAUGGCCAACAACCUUCAGAAGGGUAAUGCUGGCCCUAUGCGGCUGUAUGUGGGCUCGCUACACUUCAACAUCACAGAGGACAUGCUGCGAGGUGUCUUCGAGCCUUUCGGAAGAAUUGAGAGCAUACAACUGAUGAAUGACAGUGAAACUGGACGAUCCAAAGGAUAUGGUUUCAUCUCGUUUGCAGAUGCAGAGUGCGCCAAGAAGGCCCUGGAGCAGCUGAAUGGCUUUGAGCUGGCCGGGCGGCCCAUGAAGGUUGGUCACGUGACGGAACGCACCGAACCCUCCACCGCCAGCUCCUUCCUGGACAACGACGAGCUGGAGAGGACAGGCAUUGACCUGGGCACCACCGGGCGCCUGCAGCUCAUGGCCCGGCUGGCAGAGGGUACUGGUCUUCAGAUCCCCCUGGCUGCACAGCAGGCUCUACAGAUGAGUGGUUCCAUCCACUCGACUCCAAUCCACUUCAACAUGGCAGCUGGUACAGACAUACAAGCCAGCCUGAACCCACCACCUGAAGCUCCUGCAACCCUUUCACUGAAUCUGGCUCCAAGCAUGAACCAGGCCAUGACCCUCUCAACGCAGCCACUGGCUACGCACUGCCUACAGCUGUCCAACAUGUUCAACCCUCAGUUGGAAAAGGAACCUGGCUGGGAUGUCGAGAUUCAAGAUGACGUCAUUGAGGAGUGCAACAAACACGGUGGAAUUGUCCACAUAUACCUUGACAAGAACUCCCCUCAGGGCAACGUGUACAUGAAAUGCCCGACAAUCCCAACAGCAAUGGCUGCAGUGAAUGCGCUACAUGGGCGGUGGUUUGCUGGUAAAAUGAUCACUGCAGCGUUCGUACCUUUUCCGACCUACCAUAACCUUUUUCCUGAUUCGGUAACUGCAGCCCAAUUAUUGAUGCCUGUGCGGCAAUGAUUCUGCCAUGCAUGGGGUAGAUGUCACAAUGCCUGUUGGCUUCAAGAAUGUACAUCAUUUUUGCCAAUAUUUUGGGAUCUUAUUGAACACAGUAGCAAAUUACUGUACCAAUCCACCCUAUCAUCACGCAAUGUUUUCUUGUUCAGUCUGACAGCUAUUAGGCUAAGCUUGAGUUCUUCUGUAGUCACACAUUUCUGUAGCUGCAAUCCAAAGUCCUAUGUAUUUGUCAUAACCUGGUUUACAACAGCUGGUCUUAUUCUCUAAGUUGGUGUUUAUGCAACCCCAUCUCCUGCUUUAUAAUUAUACUGUUUAAAUAUAGAGUAAACCUGCAUCUGUAGAAAUUGUAUUCCUACACAGUUACACCAUGGGUAUGGUACUGAUUUGAUAAAUCAAUACAUUUAGCAGUACAGAACUGGUCAAUAGAUUUAGAAGUUUUGUGCUUCAGAUAGUCUUGACUUUUCUCAACUCACAAUUCAAUCCCUUAGGACAGCACUACUAACUCCCAUGAAUGCCAAUUAUGAAACCAGCAUCAAAUCAUUCCUAACUUUUGUCAACAGCAUCUUAUGAGAAUUGCUUGACAGUGAUGCAUUCUGCUAAUAACCAUUUUAAGGAGUCACUUGGGAUUGACUCUGAGGAGAAUGUGAAAUGUCACUGGGUCCCCUAAGCCCCCACGAUAAGAUGUUUAUCUGUAGAACUCUACAGGUCCCAAGUCAGCAGUGAUCUGUUGAGAGCCUGCAGACUUCACUAAUAAACAUGAACUCGUACCCAAA